GACGCGGGGGCGGGGCGCUCCCGGCCUGCUCUGCGGCGCGUCUCCGCCCGCGGGUUUUGAAUUAGGGAUUGUGGCGGCGCUAUCAUGGGUGCUCCGGCGCUGCCUCCGACCUGGCAGCUGUACCUUAAGGACCACCGCAUCUCCACCUUCAAGAACUGGCCCUUCCUGGAGGAUUGCUCCUGCACCCCAGAGCGGAUGGCGGAGGCUGGCUUCAUCCACUGCCCUACCGAGAAUGAGCCUGAUUUGGCCCAGUGUUUUUUCUGCUUUAAGGAACUGGAAGGCUGGGAACCGGAUGACAACCCUAUAGAGGAGCAUAGGAAGCACUCCCCUGGCUGCGCCUUCCUUACAGUCAAGAAGCAGGUGGAAGAACUAACCGUCAGCGAGUUUUUGAAACUGGACAAACAAAGAGCCAAGAACAAAAUUGCAAAGGAGACCAACAACAAACAGAAAGAGUUCGAGGAGACCGCGAGGACGGUCCGCCAGUCCAUUGAGCAGCUGGCUGCCUUACGCUGAGCCUUUGCUGGGGCAACCUGGACCUGAGUGACAUGCCACGGCUAAGCCACUUGUCCCAGCUUUCCAGGCCCGCCUGGCCGUCUUGGUGUCUUACAGGAGACCGUGACAUUUCGAAACUGGACAUCAGAUGAUUUGGGGUUUUGCUUUAAAGUGGCUCAGCCUGUGUGGCCACCUCUCUUUGGUUUUGUGGCUUUGCUCUAUUGUGACCUGGACGUAAGCACUGAGGAAGGGAGUGGAUGAGGGACAGUGUUCUCUGCCCAGACCUAUGGGGUGGGGAGGGGGGUGAAGGGAGGGUUGUGCAAGCCCUUUCUGGUCUUGAUGUUUCCAUGCCUGGCAGCUGUCAUAGCCCAUGUGUAGAUGUGGUUUAUAUAUGUUUGCGCUGAUAAUUCUUCUGUCCUUCUGAUGAGUCCUCCUACCAUGGGGUAAUGGAAUAAAAUAACUUAACAAAGUGGA